AUGCAAAAAAAAUUUUAAUUUUUUGAUAUUGCCGCGAACCUUGCAGAUGAAUCUUUCCAAGGUAUAUAUUAUAACAAAAAAAUACAUGAAUCAGAUAUUGAAAGUGUAAUAUAAAGAGCUACUUCAGUAGGUUGUGAACAUCUUUUAAUUGUCGGAGGAAAUAUAUAAGAUUCAAUAAAUAGUUUUUAAAUUGCGUAAAAAUCUCCUAAUUUUUAUUGUACGGUAGGUGUUCAUCCUUGUAGAGCAACUGAAGUUGAAGCAAAUGCAGUAGGUGAAUGCGGUUUGGAUUAUGAUAGGUUUGAAUAUGCAAGUAAAGAAGCUUAAUUAAAAUAAUUUGAACCUCAUUUUGCGUUAGCAGAAAAACAUUAGUUACCUAUUUAUUUUCAUAAUAGAAAUACAGGUGAUGAUUUUUUUAACAUUGUGAAAUAAAAUAGAAAUAGAUUUUCUAGUGGAGUAGUACAUUCAUUUACUGGAACUUCAUAUGAACUUAAAUAAAUUAUUGAUUUAAAUCUUUAUAUUGGGAUUAAUGGAUGUUCCCUAAGAGAUGAAAAAAGUAUAGAGGUUAUUAAAGAGAUACCUUUGGACAAAAUGAUGAUUGAAACUGAUUGUCCUUAUUGUGAAAUUAGAAACACUCAUCCAGGAAAAAAAUUCAUUAAAACUGUUUUUGAAUAAAAAAAAAAAGAAAAAUUUAGUAAAGAGUAUAUGGUUAGAGGAAGAAAUGAACCUUGUUAAAUAGUAUAAGUGCUGGAAGUACUAGCUGGAUUUUUAAAUUUAGAUGAAAAAGUAAUUGCGGAUGCUUGUUUUUAAAAUACUUUGAAGUUUUUUGGAAUUUAAUAAAAUUAAAAAUUAUGA